AUGAGCAACGAAGAUUACGGAUACGACUAUGAUUAUUUGUUCAAGAUAGUUUUGAUUGGGGACUCCGGCGUGGGUAAAUCGAAUCUGUUGUCGAGAUUCACAACAGAUGAAUUCAACAUUGAAUCCAAAUCUACAAUUGGCGUGGAAUUUGCGACAAGAACCAUUGAAGUUGAAAACAAGAAGAUAAAAGCGCAGAUUUGGGACACUGCAGGACAAGAACGUUACAGAGCCAUCACUUCUGCGUAUUAUCGUGGAGCUGUGGGUGCCCUAAUAGUGUAUGAUAUAAGCAAAUCGAGUUCCUACGAGAAUUGCAACCAUUGGCUUACCGAACUAAGGGAGAAUGCCGACGACAAUGUUGCUGUUGGAUUGAUAGGGAACAAAUCAGAUUUGGCUCAUUUAAGAGCAGUACCUACGGAUGAAGCGAAAAAUUUUGCCAUGGAAAACCAAAUGUUAUUCACUGAAACAAGUGCUUUAAAUAGCGACAAUGUAGAUAGGGCGUUUAGAGAACUGAUCAUAGCUAUUUUCCAAAUGGUGAGCAAACAUCAGGUUGACUUGAACGGGACAGGUACCAACAACACAAGCUCUAACGGCGGUCCAAAAGGCCCGACCAUUAGCUUAACACCGGCACCAAAUCAGGAUAAGAAGAAGAAAUCUAGUAACUGCUGUUAA